AUGGCGCAGCCUCCGCAAUCCAGCCUGUCGUUGCGUACAUCGCCGAGGGAUCAGUGCCUGGCCAUGGCUCGUGUCGCUGUGCUGUCGCUGGCGGUGCUGUGCGUGUGUGUGAGUGUGUGGGCAAAGGACUUGCGCCCCAACGAGGAUGACAAAGUGACGAGGGACUUGGCGGUGGCCGCGGUGGCCGGCGGCGACCUGGAGGCCGCGGCCAGCCACCACGAGCACGCGCACGCCAGCGGCGGCGGCGAGAAGCACGUCGAGGAGCACCACAAGAAGGCCGGCAGCAAGAAGGAGAAGGCCUCCAAGAAGAAGAGCCACCACGCCCACGGCGACGCGGGCAAAGCGGGCAGCGAGCACCACCAGGCCGACUACAAGAAGAGCAACGGCCACAAGAAGAAGCACCACGACGAGGCCGAGAAGUACGGCGAGCACCACAAGGGCGAGAAGGGCCACAAGGGCGCCAAGUACGGCGAGAAGGGCGGCCACAAGAAGGGACAUAAGACCAAGGGCUACCACAACAAGUUCCACAAGGACGAGUACCACAAGGAGCACAAGUUCUACGACGACUUCCACAAGGGCGGCCACCACAAGAAGCACGGCGACUUCCACGGCCACCACGAGAAGAAGGAGGGCCACCACAAGAAGGGCGGCCACCACAAGUCGGGCUACGUGGAGGACCACAAGGGCAAGAAGGGCCACGUGGACAAGGGUCACUACGACGACGAGCACAAGGGCGUGAAGGGCGCCAAGGGCCACGAGGAGCACCACGCGCACAAGGAGCACUACGGCAAGAAGGGCGGCAAGGAGGGCGGCAAGAAGUGGGGCUACAAGAAGGGCCACCACUGACGACCGGCCUCACCGGCCUGACGCUCCAGGUCAGAGGCCACCGCGGCGCAGCUUCCACCGCGGACAGUCGCUCCCUUUCAUGCUUCGUUUCGUCUCUAAAGUGCACGCACCUAUCGGUGCUCUGACGACCGGCGUCGCAAAAACAGCCUCGGUUUCGGUGGCCAUUCCAUUCCCUUUCGUAACGUCGCCAUCUCAUUGGCCGCGUCGACGCCUUCUCGCUUCGGCUCGCCUCGGUUGACAGUGGCGAGUGAAAGCCCCUCUCAUUAAGCCCGUUUGCUCACCGCCGCCUGCUGCUGGCUGCUGCCCGCUGCGCCUUUCCGCGCCGCUGCCUUCAUCCCGUCGACACCGAA